UGCCUCUUCUCCGCCGUGCCGCACGGCGGGGCCAAGGUGCUGGAGAGGACCUUCGAGGAGUGGAUGCGGUACCGGGAUGAGUGCCUGCGGAGGAUGGCGAGCGAGCCCUACCCCGCAGGGCUCUUCUGCAACCGCACGUUUGACAUGUACGCCUGCUGGCCCGAUGGCAGCCCCGGCACCGCCGUCAACGUCUCGUGUCCCUUCUACCUGCCCUGGUUUGAGAAAGUGAAACACGGGUUGGUGAGCCGGCGCUGCGGUGCUGAUGGGCAGUGGGUGACGGUGAACGGCAGCCAGCCGUGGAGGGACUACUCACAGUGUGAGGAGGAGCUGGAGGACGGUGCCGAGGAGGAAGGCGCCCGCAGGCUGAUGGUGAGCUUCAAAGUGCUGUACACCGUGGGCUAUGCGCUGUCACUCCUCACCCUCAUCUCCGCUCUGCUCGUCCUCACCGUCUUCAGGAAGCUGCACUGCACCAGGAAUUACAUCCACGCCAACCUGUUCGCCUCCUUCGGGCUGAGGGCCACCUCGGUGAUGGUGAAGGAUGCGCUGCUGGAGAGGCGCUGGGGCGCAGAGGUGCUGCAGGUGGCCGAUUGGCAGGCACUGCUCAGCCACGAGGCAGCACUGGGCUGUCGUGCAGCACAGGUGCUGAUGCAGUACUGCAUCCUGGCCAACCACUACUGGUUCCUGGUGGAGGCUGUCUACCUCUACAAGCUGCUGAUCGGCGCAGUCUUCUCUGAGAAGAAUUACUACCGGCUGUACCUGUAUCUGGGCUGGGGUAGGAGCCACCCGGUUCAGUGGUUUUACAAAGAUGCCCUGUGA